AUGGAUGCGCUUUUCACUUUCCCUUUUAAGGCUGCGGAGAUGGUGCUGUCUCCUCCCUGCUCUCUGCUUAUGGAUAAACUUUCUUUGGCGUGCCCCAGGAGCAAAGGCGAGGUGAUGCAGCAAACCAUCCAAAAGAUGCUGGAUGAAAAUCAUUUAAUACAAUGUAUUAUGGAUUACAAAGGAAAGACAGCUGAAUGCACACAGUAUCAGCAGGUCCUUCACGGGAAUCUUGUCUUCUUGGCCACGAUAGCUGACUCCAAUCAAAACAUGCUGUCCCUCCUACCUGCUGCCCCCAGUUCCAGUAUGGGUCCCGGUGGAAUGAGCCAGAGUGGGGGACAUGCACCAAAUCAUCUCAGUGACAACAUGACACCAGGACUGCCACCCACAUUUAUGAUGCAAAGCCACAUGAGUAAUGGCCCCAUCCAUGGCCCCAUGCAGUCUGGCCACCAUCAGCCUCCUUCCGGCAGCUAUGGUGGCUCAGUCUCUGGCUACAGCCAUGUUGCUCCCUCCACCCAGGGCAGUAUGGUCCAGAGCUCUGGGUCUUAUGGUUCCUCCUCCUCUUCCUCCAUGUCCUCAUCCUUUCCCCCUUCCUCACGCAGCAACCUCAACAUGCAGUCCAGCCAAGGGGAGCCAGUCUCAGUGAAGCAUCAACAGUUGGCUCCACCUCACUACUCAUCAGCCCAGUCUGGAGGCCAACACUAUCAGGGACCAAUGGGCAUGAUGGGUCAAGGCAGCCAAGGGUUUAACAUCAUGUCUCAGAGGCCCAUGGGAUCCUACUGUUCCUCUCAGCAAGGAUCUGCACAACACAACAUGGGACAAGAAGAGUUCUACGGAGAGCAGCAUGGACACACUCAGAGCUCCAGCGAGCCCAUAAACCAGCUGAUGGUAAUCGUGCACAUCCAUAAAGUUAUACACACAGCUCUCAAACACAUCCCUGUGGCUCAUGAUAGCUCCUUUCUGCACAGUUCCACAAGUCCUGACCAGGGAGGAUCGUCCCAGUUUCCUCAGUAUCAGCAAAACCAACAGUAUGGAUCGUACCGCUCUUCCCAAGGAGGAGUGCAAACUCAGAGGCCCUACGCCUAUGAACAGGGUCACUAUGGAAAUUAUCCACAAUAA